AAUACAUACACGGCGUGCGAAGGGGACGCUAACCGAUAAUUAGACCAAAGUUUUGAUUUUAUUACUUGAAAAUUACAUUUCUAAUAUGUUUAAAUUACGCUUAACUUGUUUGAUAAUGUCUUUCAUGCUAGUGAUGAACACAUUUGGCGAUAACAGCACAGGCAUCACGGCAGACGAGCAGUAUCUUUUCGACUUCACAAAGACGGAUGGCGUCGCAGCUUGGCAGGAGCAGUCGGAUACAGUACGCGACGUUGGAAUGUCCAAAGGAAUACUCGUACUCCACAGGAACCUUAGUUUUAGAAGAGCCAUAUUCUUUGCUCUAUUGAAUCCUCAGUUGAAUGGGGCUGGGUUUGCUGGGAUAAGAGCAAUACAAACGUACGACUUGACGGGACACACCAAACUGCAGAUAAAAUGCAGGGGUCAGGGACAGUACAACGGCUUUAAAGUUAUCUUAAGACACAAAGGACUGAAUGAUGAACCCAAUUAUUCAUUUGAGCAGUACUUUCAGGCGCCUAAGGACGACUUUGCUGUGAAGAGUUUGCCAUUUUCAGAAUUUAAAGCCUAUUACAGAGGCAAAAGGGUUAACAACAACGAAACACUUGAUCUAUCACAAGUAACCAGCAUCGGGAUCCAAAUGUACGGAGGGGUUUAUCAGCCGGUAAAACAAAAAGGCCCCGCUACUUUGGAAAUCGAUUGGAUACGGGCAGUAGUGUGAACAGAUUUACUUGAUUCGUAAGCCGACGCGUGAGUUAGGUGAUUAUUAUUUACGUUUUAAGGUCAUGCUUCGGUGGACACGUUUGAAACAUUUAUUUGUGACUGUCAACGAUUAAAAUAAUCUUUAAAGUAUUCUUAACCGCUUGAGUUUUAAUUUGUGUAUGGGUGGGUAAUUCUCAUGAAAUUCGUGCUUUCGGUAUUUAUGAAAAAUAUUAGGUAUUCUUUAUUCUAUUAGGUAAAAUUGAUAGUACUCAUGUAAAUAAUUUUAGAUGAUAUAAUUGGUACCCAAAAUAAAUAACUAUUAAAAAACAGAAGAGGGUAGUGAGAAAAUUUGGGGGCAAGGGAAUGAUGAAAUAAAAAUAAACCUAGAACAGAUAGCCAUAUAAAUUUACUUUUACACUUAAUAUUUUGUGUAAGCCUACUGCUUACCAAUAACUCAUCUCAGAGUAGAAAUUAUUAAAUAAAAUCAAAUGACUACCAUUUUUAUAUG